AUGGGCUGCGGGGGCAGCCGGGCCGACGCCAUCGAGCCUCGCUACUACGAGAGCUGGACGCGGGAGACCGAGUCCACCUGGCUGACCAACACCGACUCCGAGAGCCCGCCGGAGCCCGGCGGCGCCGACCCCGGUAGCAGAGAGCUGGGCGCGGGGAGAACCGGUAUUCUGGAGGAUGGCAAAUCAACUCAGACGGGAGGAACCUCAACGCCAGCCACCACAGGGAUUCUGAGCACUGAGAAGAGGACCAUCAGUGGGGCCCAGUGCGUGAACACCGCUGGAGCUGGGCCACCACGGCAGAGCAGCUUCCGAGCAGCAGAGAGUAAACGGGACACACAGAAAAUGUCAACGAAAGAAGUCACCAUUAAUGUCUCAAAAAACAACAGACCCAGUGACAGAAGGAUGACAAAGAAUUGUGUCAAUUAA